AUGGACGAACCGGUGGAUAUUUAUGAACAGGCGGCACUGAAUAUGUCGAUUCCGGAAGGUUGUGAUAUCACUCGAACGGUGUAUGCGUCGAUAAAACAGCUUAUCAGUCAUGAUAUCAUUGAUCCCAGCUCAGUUGGGUUCCAGAGUUGUGAACCAUUGUGCGGUCUUUGCUACCAUGGGUCCAAAGAGUGGGACUACAUCCGUUUCAACAUCAUCGUUGUCGGCAUCAUCCUCCCGAUUGUCGGUGUUUUUGGUAUUGUGGGUAACGCCAUAUCAGCAUUUGUCUAUAGUCGCCCAGAAAUGCGAUGCUCCACCAACUUUUAUCUCUUCUCCUUGGCUUGUUCUGAUACGGGUGUAGCUUUAACCGGAAUAUUUUUGUUCUCUCUUGAAACAUUCCGCCCAUUUUCGCUCACGGUGGCCAGAAUGUCUGGUCAAUUGUCGGCAAUUGUGUACCCGAUGGGUAUGAUUGCUCAGACGUGCUCCGUGUAUUUCACCAUGUGUGCUGGAGUUGAUUGCUUUGUACAGGUCUGUCUACCCGAAAAAGUGCGUAGAGCAUUUUCGCGUAAAGAGACGGUUCAUUUCCUGGCAAUUUGUGUUCUCAUCUUCUCUGUUCUUUACAAUGUUCCCCAUUUCUUCGAAGGAUUUGUUAUCGAUUGUUAUCAUAAGGAUUUAGGAGGAAUGAGCAAAGAAGUUUGUCCUGCUACUCUGAGAUACAACGAACUGUACCAAUCCAUCUAUUACAAGUACAUGUACGCAAUUUUCCUCGCUGUUGGACCACUGAUCACAUUAAUCGUUUUGAACACUUUUAUUAUUGGUGUAUCUGUAUUCGGAUCGAGUGCUUCUAAUACAGAUGACACAAUGUCUCUGAUUCUGGUUGUUCUGCUUUUUAUCUCUUGUAACACAAUAGCUCUGAUUAUCAAUAUAUUCGAAAGUUAUCUAUCGGAAACACUGGGAAGCAAAAUCAACUACAUUGUGGAUUUGUCCAAUUUUCUAGUGGUCUUCAACUCGAGUUUCAACAUCAUCAUCUACAUUAAGUACUCCCGCCCAUUCGCUGACACGUUGUUCUCCUACUUCUGCCGCCGGAAGCCGAAAACAGAGAGCCCCGGACCCGGACCACCAAUCAUGAUAACUGAAAAACCAUCCCGGUCAAAAAAAUGCAAAGAGACACUCUCUCGAUUAUUGGUUGCUUCUCAACCAGAGGUACUUAUAUGA